AUGUCUGGCAAUGAAGCGCAGAGAAACCAGGAGCUGAGCCCGAGAGAAGAGACGAGUCCUGGGACCGGAUUGGACCAGGAUCUGGACCAGGGACUGGAUCAGGGUCUGGAUCAGGGUCUGGACCAGGGACUGAAGCAGGAGCCAGAGGAGGAGAGCAUCAGUCUGGAGCCGCAGCACAACACACAGUGUCUGUCAAACAUCAACAUUGUGUGUGUGAACAUGAACAAGUGUGAGUCCGAAGAAGAAGAGGACUCACAGACCAGUCCUGGAUCUGGACCAAACCAGGGACCGAACCAGGGACUCAACCAGGAGACGUCCAAGAUGAAGGAGGAGCCAGAGGAGCAGAGCAUCAGUCUGCAGCCUCAGCACGACACGCAACCUGUCCCCGACUUAAACAUUGUGUGUUUGAAGUCAGAAGAGCCCAAAGAGGAGGACACAGAGGGAGAAGACACAGAGGGAGAAGACACAGAGGCAGAAGACACAGAGGGAGAAGACACAAAGGGAGAAGACACAAAGGGAGAAGACACAGAGGGAGAAGACACAGAGGGAGAAGACACAGAGGGAGAAGACACAGGUGCAGAGACAGACCGCGAUGAAGACUGGAGAGCUCCUUUCAGCUGCUCAGGCGAUAAAACCAGCGAUGACAAAGUCCAAACCAGAGGCCGACGCACACUCGGGGCUAAAGCGAACAGGAUUUGUGCCAAAAUGUCUGAAGGAGAACCGCAACAGGACUUGGAUGAGGAAGAGGACACACGAGCAGAGCGUAUCUCAGGUUUGUAUGCGAAGGCAGAAGAGUCUCAAUCUGAGACCGAGGGAGAAUCCGACUGUUCUGACUACGAUGAAGCAGAGACCAGAGCCACUGCCAACAAACCAGGCAAACCUUUCAGCUGCCCAGCCUGCAGCAAGACCUUCUCCUUUAAGUCUCGGUUGGACGACAGGCACGAGCGACUCCACGCAUUCUUUGAAGACGCGGCGAGAGACCCUUCAGCUGCUCAGAGCGUGGUUGAGGCAAACACACAGCGGGCGCUCAAGGAGCGGUGUGUCCCAGAGUCUGGAGAAGAAGACACAGAGAUCAGUCCCCUCACGAGUACUGGGCCCAGUCUGGACCGUGGUCUGGACCAGGAUCCAGAGAUGAUAGAGAUGAAAGAGGAGUCAGAGGAGCAGAGUGUCAGCCUCGAGUCACAACACCACGCACAUUCUGUCCCUGAUUGGGCCCCUGUGUGUGUGAAGAGAGAGGAGUUCAAGCCAAAGGAAGAAAACUCUAGCGGAGAGACUGACCACUCUUCUGACCACAAUGAGGACUUCGCAGAGACCAGGACCACGGCGAACCACACGGAGAUGGAGGAGGUGAUGGAGGAGGUGAUGGAGGAGGUGAUGGAGGAGGUGAUGGAGGAGGUGAUGGAGGAGGUGACGGAGGAGGUGACGGAGGAGGUGAGGAUGGACUCGAUGAUGGCCGUGUAG